AUGUGCCGAUUCGAUUUUCCUGCUAAAAGAUUUGAUUCAUGAUUGAUUCUUGUUCACCUUAAUUCUAUCUACUUGAUAAUAGAUGGCAGCUUUUAAAAGCAUCUAUUCUACGUCCUUAAUGGCGGCCACUUAUUUAAAGCAUCCCCUGCAUGUUGCCCAAAAAACUUCGAACUGACACGAUGGUGACAAACGAAUUGAGUUGUGCAUAUAGUAUUCUGUGGAGUUGUGUCUGGUUGUGUGUCAAAUUUAGUGUCAUACGAUUUUCCAUUUUAUCUGUCGUUUGCUUUGUUGUUGUAAUAUUAAAUGUAGUAUUUACACAGAAAAAUAAAAUCUUUUGACGAUAUGAAAGAAUAAAACUGUUUUGUAGUGUAUAAAGUUGAAAGUUCCUAAAUUAAAGAAAAACAUGGAAAUUCGAGUUUGUAGUUGUGCUUUUCUAUUGUGGUUUUGUGUACUAUUUACACAAGCUAAUUCAUCAAAUUAUAACGCACAUUGGUUAGGCGGAUCUACAACUAUUGAAAAGGAUGGCACUAUGGGCCAAAAAGUUGACAUCUACUGUUACUCUGGAACACCUAAGAGUGUAUUAGCUUUAUGGCAAACAAUAAAGUUCAAUUUAAAAAUCAAGAAUGAAGAAUUCGAUAUGUAUUUUGGUAGUAGCCCAGAGGAAGUUUUCAAGCAGUACACAGAGGAUAGUUACGGCUGGGCAGUUAUCAACCCUUUUAGCCAGAAAACCCAAAGAUCUGUGUCCGUAGAUCUGUUUUUACCUACUUGCAUGGCUGUUAAUACUAAACAGAGGCAUACUAUUGAACUACAGGUUAUUAGAGUAGAUAUAUGGAGAGUGUUUCUCAUGUGCCUGGGCAUUACCCUCAUAUUUUUAUCCCGUACUCUGAGCGGGAACUCUGUAUUCUUCUAUCUUUGCGGAAUGUUUAUCGGAGUUUUUGCAUCGUUUAUGGUGCUUGUUUAUUAUGUCAGCAGAAUGCUGCCUAGGAAAAUACUAACAUAUGGAAUUCUAAUAGGCGGAUGGACAGUAGGAGUCUAUCUUUUCCAACAAUUAUGGGACAAUAUAAGAAUGAUUAUACUAUUACACCAGUCGUAUUCGUUCUGGUAUACGGUCAUAAUGAGCUUCAUCAGCUUUUUAGUCUGCUAUAGGAUUGGACCACCCCGUAAUCAGAGGAGCAAGAAUCUUGUUAUGUGGAUUUUACAGGCUGUAGGAGUUCUAAUGAUAUUCUUCAGUAGCGAAUACCAGGAGGCUUCAGCAGCUAUCAUCGUUAUUUCUUUAUGCGUUAAAUAUUUCCCUGAUUCUCUUAUUCACAAAAUUCAGGGGUAUUGGCGUCGUCGAUUCCCGCCAAAGCUCCGUCUUCUAACCAGCGAAGAGUACUACGAGGAAGGCGCACGUGAGACCAAGAAAGCGUUGGAUAAUCUGCGCAAGUACUGUUCGAGUCCUGAUUGCGCGCAGUGGAAAGUCAUGCUCAAGCUCAACGACUCUCGCAGGUCAGAGUCUAUGCGUACGCAGGCACUCAGAUUCGCAAGCUUCGUAGAGGGUAACUCCCACCUCAGCGACGACGAAAUCGUAGAUUACGAAGCGUACGCUUUCUCUCUGGAUCGAAAAGAGAAGCGGAUACCACUAGCCAAUUCGACUAGCACCAUGGAGAUAUCUGAUGAUGACGAGAUAUCUUCCGAUGAUGAGAAUUAAAGAUUUAUUGUUGUGGAUAAUUGAACUGAACAAAAUGUUGCCUUUAUUAAACGAACAAGAUAAAAAGUUAAACAUUUUGCGAAAAUGUAGUGAACUAAUUGUUAAGGUAUAUUUAAGUAUGUGCACUUAGGUGAAUCAAUUGUAGUACCAUUGUCUAAGGCUUACAAAAUCUCUUUUAGUCUGUGUGAUACUGAUAAGAGUAACAAACAAAAAACUCAAGUAUUUAUUGUAUCACACAUGUGAUUUAUCCUCUACAUUGUGUAAUGUCACGACCAAUUAAUGUUGAUCCUCGCUGAUGAGUGGUGCUCUUCGGACGAUUUUCCUAUUUCAAUACCAUAUUUCUUGUCAUUAUACGGAAUAUUAUGACAAAAAAUAAGUUAUCAGUGCUCAUAGGUAGUUAUUAUUGAUGAAGUUUAUGAUCUCUUGCUUUUAAAGUAGAAUACCAUGUUUCUUGUAUCUUUGUUACUGUUGUCAUUUUUAUGAUUUUAUUUAACCUAAUUAAAAAAAAAACGAGUAAGAAUUCGUAAUAAUGUACUUACGCAAUUACCUUGUCAAGAGAGUUUUCUAGUUUAUACUUAACUGCCAUUGUUUUUUAAAGUAUGUGUAAUUUUCCAUAAGUAACAAUGGGACUGAGUAGGAAAUAAAUAAUAAAAAUUACUUGUUAGUAAUAAUAAAUAUAUUCAUUUUUUGUAAUA